AUGUUACCCACCCCCGCUGAGGACUGCGACGAGUGCGUUCCAGCGUACAUGCCACACUCGACUCAGUUCGGAACCAAAGCUGCUCUCUCGAUCACACCGUUUCUCGCGACCUUCGCCUGCCUGACAUUCAUCGCGUACAGAAAAGUCUACCCUUUGUUGUCUUCCACUCCUCCACGAUCGCAGCAUGGCGACAAAGGCCUUCCGCGGCCAGCGACAUCCCCUCCCGAACCUGCCGCGCAGCACAUCGCUCGACGCAUCGCGGCAAUCACCUUCUCCUCUACUAUCGCGCUCUCCGCAGUGUUAACCGAACUGCUCCUAUGCGAGAUCUCGAAUUCUUUCAACGCCACAGCCAGGAAUAUCGCGCUACAAGCCACGGUAGUGAGCCUCCUCGGUCUGCUUGUCGUGGCCAUCCCGCUGCUGGGGAUAUCGUCCGUCGUCUCAAAAUCAGGCUACAAGUUUCGCGGCGAGGGGAAAAGUCGUGUUCGUCUUGCAUGGCUUCUGGAAAUUGUUGGCUAUGCGGUAUUUCUGUUUGGCUUCUGGGCGAUUGGGGCACUACUGCCUGCCUCCCCCAGCAUCACCGAAAGUAUCAGCAGUUCAGAUGGUCUUUUCCAAGCUUGCUUGGACAGACUGGGUAUAACCGGCGUUUCGCUAAUGGCGCUGCUGUCCGGCUUUGCCUCAGUCAGUGCCAUCUGGCAGACAUUCGGACCCAGGACAAGGUUGGUCGCCGAGACAGAUAUCAAUCGGAAACAAGCUGGUUUGGAUGCUACCGUGGACAUGAUAGCGGAGAAGAAGGGACGGCUCAGAGCGUUGCUGAGAAAGUCUGCAGACGCCCCAACCCAGGGGUUCUGGGGCCGGACGGUGGGCUCGAUACGCGGGAACACUGACACCCAAGAAAAGCAGACGCUUGAGAUGGAAACGUCAGGCCUCGAGACUAUGGCUUCCUCCCUUGAGACUUCGCUCACAAUCUUGCGGGCACGUCGUGCUGACCAACUGCGGGCGACGACUGCCUGGGGCCGCAUGUCCCUGGUUUUCUCCUACGUCUUUUCCUGCUACUGCGUCUAUCGCAUCUGUACCACUACAGUGAACAUCGGUCGCCGUCUGCUGUCCAGCGUCCCUGCAACAUCUCCUCAUACAGAUCCUGUUACCGCCACCAUUGCCCUCUUUGCACGACACGUCUAUCCGUCGCUGGACCAAGCCUCAUGGGCGCAGCAGAUCUCCUUUUUACUCUCAGGGGCAAUGCUUCUGGCUUCGUUCUCGGCUGUGACGCAGACAUUUCACCUCUUCGCUCGCUUCAUGCCGAGGGUCCUCCACGCCACAAAGACGAAUUUCGCCCUUUUGAUCAGUCAAAUCAGUGGAAUGUACGUGAUCAGCUCUGCUCUGAUGCUCAGGGGCAUGAUGCCCAAAGAGGUAGGCAGUGUGAUCAACAGCGCUUUGGGGGCUGGAUUGCUGGAGCCUGCCUGGGUGCAAAGAUGGUUUGACGGCUUCUUCAUGCUCGCCGUGGUCGUCACAGGCUUGGGUAUCUUCCUGGGACGACAGAUUUCUGGGGCGGCGAUAUGGGAAGAGGACAGCAACUACGACGAACCAGUUGGACUAAGCAAAGAGUCCUAA